AUUGGCUGUGGCUGGCAUCCGGCAUUGGCAGAGCACUUCUCUCUCUCUACCUUCGUCAGCUGCUGCGCCGGUGCAAGUUGAAAUUAGAAGUUUCUCUUCUUGCUGUUUAUUGUUAAGAGAAAUUUUGAAAUACAUACAUCAGUGAAGAAUGGUCGGUUGCUCAUUGAAAGGUGACUGCACGAUGCAGGUGGUCAGGAUUUUUGUGCAUUUGCUGGCCGCUUCUAUGUUCUCGUACAGCGUCUUCUACGACUGGUAUUUCGUGGUCGUUCCGCGCGAAGUGAGCCCGGUAUCUGGAGGCUAUGGAGGAAAGUUCAAGUACCUCACGUUUUGGGAUGCCGUGAUCCAAAGUCUAUUCUUUAUUCUGUGCCUAUUCAACGACUUCUUCGGCAGCAAUGAAAACGACCCAAAAACAAAACCUCUUCUCAGAAGGAUCAAAGACUACGUUCAAGUCACAAUUGAAUUUCCAGUAGCAAUGUUUGUAGGGAUAACCUUUUGGGCCCUGUAUGCGGUUGACAGAGAGCUGGUCUUUCCAAAAGUCAUAGAUCAAUUCUUUCCCAGCUGGUUGAACCAUGUGAUGCAUACCCACAUAAUGGGAUUUGCGGCGCUCGAGAUGGUAAUUGCGUGUAGACGUUAUCCGUCAAGGUCAAAGGGUUUGACUGGACUUCUUGGAUUCAUGCUUAUCUACCUCACGUGGGUGUUUGUCAUCUUUAACAAGAGUGGACAGUGGGUCUACCCUGUCCUCGCUGUGCUCAACUGGGGCCAGAAGGGUUUAUUCUUUGCCGUACUUUUGCUUCUCGUUACUGGUCUGUACCUUCUUGGCGAGAAACUGAACAAUUAUGUUUGGGGAAAACAUUUGAAACUGGAUCAAAGUCCCAGGAAGAGCAGCAUUAAGAAAGUUAAAUAAUUGCUACGCGUUGCGUAAAUUUCCAUUCAAGUCAUAAUUUAAGACAGUGGAUAUUUUGUUAAAGUUUUGGAUUUUUAUUUUGAUACUUUUGCCAAGUUUUGUUAUUUUAUAGUUGAUAGUAAGAAGUUUCAACUAAGUAGAGACAUAAUUGUAAGAAAAAUAAAAUGUGCCGUAAUUAUUAAUAUUUGGAAACAUUCCUAA